AUGUCCCCAUUGGAUAAUGUUUUGGGGGGGAUCCUCUCGCCGCGGACCUACUUGGCGUUCUGCCGGGAUGCGAUACGCCAUGCGCGGGAAGUUUUGUGGCAGAUAGAAGUAGCCUCAAAGGCUGUUUUUACUCCGUCACUCGUCAAUGCCCGUAUCUCCCCUCCUGCGUCACGACUUGCUCUGCUGAAAUUACCGCACCAUAACCACGUCAUCUGCCCCAAUGAUCUACGGGCCGGAGAACCAGCGCAGAAAAGGAGUAAGUUUAAUUGGUCGCCAGAUGAAACGGUCUUCUUACAUCAAAUUCAAGAAAAAAUACGUAUAAUCAGAGGGUGUUAUGGGAAGAGUAUCACCCCUGAGGAUAAGAAGAGAGCGUGGACUGAAGUGGCAGAAGCUGUAACAAGUGCCUUCCCUGGGAGUGGACCCCGUACGCAGGAGGACUGUGAGAGGCGUUGGUACAACGUACAACAAAAAUCAAAGCCUUGCAUUGCCAAGUGCAAGAAUGAGCAGCGGCAGACUGAUACACACUUUAUCAGUAUUGCUAGAGACCAUCCCAGCACAUUGUUCAUUACUUGUGGAAAAGAUACCAUUAGCUGCUCCGGCAACAGCCACUGCUUCAAUAUCUGCGGGCCCUAUGACACCAGCCACUGCUUCAUCAUCUGCUGGCCCUAUGACACCAGCCACUGUUUCAUCAUCUGCUGGCCCUAUGACACCAGCCACUGCUUCAUCAUCUGCUGGCCCAAUGACACCUGCCACUGCAAGGGAUGACAAUGAAGCUGCUCCACCAGUCACCACCUACUUCAUCGGAGUUAAGAGAUGCCUUUCAUAGGGCAGCAGUAUAAUUUUUUGAUGCUGGGGCUGAAUAUUACUGCCUCAAGGCUAUGAUUUUGUCACU